UUAGGGCAGCUGCUUUGAGGUUGGGCUGCUGGGAACCCACAGGAAGUGACUCGGUCCAGAGCUGUAUGCCUCCUGGGACAGGAGUUGCAAGCCAGCAAGGUGUGGGGCAUGUCUGCGGAGCUCCAGGAGCCCGGGCCAGAGGGGCCUCAGAGGUCCCCAGGGCCAGGCGGGCACUCAGGGGCCUCUGGCUCAGGUCAAUGUCCUCCUCCACCCACGCCUGCCCUCUGGAGCCUGCCCCGCUGGAGAGCGUAUGUGGCUGCUGCAGUGCUCUGCUACAUCAACCUCCUCAACUACAUGAACUGGUUCAUCAUCGCAGGAGUGCUGCUGGAUGUACAGAAGUUUUUCCGGAUCAGUGACAGCAGUGCUGGUUUGCUUCAGACGGUCUUCACCGGCUGCCUGCUGCUGUCGGCACCUGUGUUUGGCUACCUGGGCGACCGACACAGCCGCAAAGCCACGCUGAGCGUCGGGAUCCUCCUCUGGUCAGGAGCAGGCCUCUCCAGCUCCUUCAUCCCCCCCCAGUACUCCUGGCUCUUCUUCCUGUCCCGGGGAGUGGUGGGCAUUGGCACCGCCAGCUACUCCACCAUCGCGCCCACCAUCCUGGCCGACCUCUUUGUGAAGGACCAGCGGACCCGGGCACUGGCUAUCUUCUACAUCUUUAUUCCUGUUGGAAGUGGUCUGGGCUAUGUGCUGGGGUCAGCUGUGAAGGCGCUGACUGGGAACUGGCGUUGGGCCCUGAGGAUCAUGCCCUGCCUGGAAGCUGUGGCCUUGAUCCUGCUGAUCACGCUGGUUCCAGACCCGCCUCGGGGAGCUGCGGAGAAGCAGAGGGAGGUGAGGGACCUGAGGAGCAGCUGGUGUGAGGAUGUCAGAUACCUGGGGAGAAACUGGAGUUUUGUGUGGUUGACCCUUGGAGUGACAGCCAUGGCCUUUGUGACUGGAGCUGUGGGCUUCUGGGCCCCCAAGUUUCUGUUUGAGGCUCGCGUGGUGCACGGGCUGCAGCCUCCCUGCUUCCAGCAGCCGUGUGACAGCAAGGACAGCCUGAUUUUUGGGGCACUGACCAUUGUGACCGGCAUCAUUGGGGUUGUCCUGGGAGCAGAGGCUUCAAGGAGGUACAAGAAAGUCAACCCGCGGGCUGAGCCCCUCAUCUGUGCCUCCAGCCUGUUCGCUGCAGCCGUCUGCCUCUACCUGGCUCUCAUCCUGGCCCCGACCACUCUCCUGGCCUCCUAUGUGUUCCUGGCCCUUGGGGAGCUGCUUCUGUCCUGCAACUGGGCAGUGGUUGCUGAUAUCCUGCUGUCAGUGGUGCUGCCCAAAUGCCGGGGGACCGCAGAGGCGCUUCAGAUCACAGUGGGCCACGUCCUGGGAGACGCCGGCAGCCCCUAUCUCAUUGGACUGAUCUCCAGUGUCCUGCGGGCCAGACGCCCCGACACCUACCUGCAGCGCUUCCUCAGCCUUCAGCAGAGUUUCCUGUGCUGUGCUUUCGCCAUCGUCCUGGGGGGCGGCUGCUUCCUACAGGUUGCACUGCACCUGGAGCAGGACCAGGCACAGGCCCAGCAGCCUGGCUCAGGGACCCCGGAUGACAAGGAUGUGGAGUGCCAACGCCUGCUUCCUGGCACGGACGCUGCCACAGAGGACUCCUGAGGCCCCCUGUCCCGCAGCGAGGAGUCCCACCCACCCUGUCUGCAACCCGCUGUUGGUCUCCGCAGUGUCAGUGCCUCUGCUCACCCUUGGCUGUGGCUCCUGGACUCUGGCCGAGCUGCACCUGCCAUGUCUUUGCUCCCAGCUAGAGAGCUGGCCGUGCCUGUGGCGGGGCUGGGAAUGGAGCUAUCAGCACCCUCCGUGGGAGGCCUGGGCCUGUGCCUGCACCCAGCACGGGGCUGCUCUAGCCUGGGGUCCUCAGCCUGUCUGUCAGGAGGCCCUGAUUAAAGUGUGGCCAGUACAAA